AUGUCGGAAGGUCUUGAAGCGCAGCUAGCGGUGCUAGCGAAUGAAAAUGCGUUUCUGAAGAAGUAUUUUUCACUAAGGAAGAAAUGUGAACAACUGCAACAGGCAAAUGAAAAAGUUGUGAACAGGAUUCAGCAUGUGAAGAAACUUAUCAAGAGAUGGAAGAGAGAAAGAAGAUAUUUAGCCAGCAAGUUAGAUGAGUAUGGCGACUCUUAUCAGGAGACGCAAGUGCCCCUCAUGUGGGAGGAGGAUCAGAUUUUCAAAAGGAUUCGACCGACAAAAAAUGGAGGUGAGCUCAUUCCGGAAACAAACCCACCGAAGAUCAAACAGGAGCGUCCAGUGGCUGAGAUUUUAUCUUCAAUAAAUCCAAUCCUGGCUGCCCAUGGAAUGGCCGAAGUAGGAUCCCAUGGUAGUCCUACAGCAACAUCUUCUGCAAAGUCAAAGAAGGGAAAGGCUGACAAGGAAAAGGACCCAAGUGCUCCUAAAAAACCAGCAAAUGCCUUCCUUAUGUUCUGUCAGCAGCAGAGAACAACUGUCCAGGAGACUUACUUCAAGGAAAACAAAGAGGAAAUUUCCAAUCAUGAGUUAACUAAAAGAUUAGCUCACUUGUGGAACAGUCUUAACCUGGAACAAAAAAGGGUAUUCUAUGACUUGUAUGAACAGGAGAAAGAACGAUAUGAUCGGGAGGUAAAGGAAUACCAUGAGCGAGAAGGAAGUUCUACAGCUGACAAAGCUGCCACAGAGGCGAGUGCUGUUGCUAUGGCCACUGAGACUCACAGUGCUGUAAAUGCUAUCAUUAUGGACACUUAGAAUCCCAUAUUUUGCAAUAUUUGUUGAAACUGCAUCUAUGCGCAAUCAUAUUUUUGUAUGGAUAAAGCUUGGAAACCUGGAUAUUUGUGUAGACUAGUGUGAAAAUAAUUGCUUAUAUCCUGUUAACUAAAUUCAUUUGCAAAUACAUUUAGUUCUUUUAUAUAAAAUGUGCAAUACUAGUGCUUCAGCAGUAAAUAUAUCAAUGAUGAACAUUCUUACCUGUUAUGCCAUUAAGCUUUAAACCUAUCUUCUGUUUACAUAUAUGGGAUCACACACUUUAAUAUUCAUGCAUCAACAUCAUUCAAAUUGUCUUAUAACAAGUGUGAUCCCUUAUGUAAUGAUUCAAACAAAUUUGCAAACAUAUUCUGAUCACCUCUCCUUUUCAAAAUGCAUACAAUGUACAAACAUCACACUAAAAGCUUUGUGUAAUCUCUUCAUUAUUAUUUACAAAAAAAUUAUAAUACACAUGGAAUGUAUGUAUUGUGCAAGUAUAUAUUAUACACACUCUUUCCAACAAUAAGUUUUUUCACUUCCAGUAUUCUGGAUGCUUUUUUUGUUCACAGUUUAGCAUUCAUAAUGUUUUUGUCAGAUUAAAAUCUGUGUGUACCAUUUACUUCAAACAAUUGAUACUGUAGGUAAGUACACUGAUGCAAGGAGUCUACUAAGACAGAGUGACUCGUGUAUGAAACGGGUAGAAAUGCUUGAGUAAUACCUUAAACCUAGUAAUUGUGUUCAAUUGUAUGUAGCUUUAAUGUUGUAGCUCUGACAACAUUACAGCUAACAAUUUUCUUAUAUUCGCUGUCAGCUAGUAUAGGAGGAGAUGGAGUAUCAAUAUUAUUACUAUGAUGUGUGUUGUAAUGAAUUGCUGUAGUUUGUAUUGAUGUUAAAUAAAUAGAAAAUUAGUUUUUUCUUACCUUAGAGAUUGAUGUCAUCAUACAUGUAGUUGUCAUGAUUUCCCUACACUUUGUAACCUGGCUGAUAAUUUGAGCAGCAGUUUUUGUUGUAAUGAGUGUUUAGGCGUUUAAUUGAAAAGUCAAUAAAUCAGUUCCUGUAGGACUGGUUAACUUUGCCUGCUUUUUUACCUUAAAUUUUAAUGUUGUGCCGAAGUAGAAAAAAGUUUGUUAAAAAAAUAUGAAAAUUACUUUUUUGUAGUAUUUUCAAAAAAUAUAUUGUUUUCUUGUGUAUUGAAACCUUCUGAAUAUCACACAUACAUUAACACCAUGAAAUGUCUAUAAUAUCUUUCUUAGUAUUAGAAUGAAAGGUGUGGUCAAUAUAUAUGGCAAUUUGACAUUAGCAUUGGCUUAAGUACAGAAAAGUAAGUAUCGGAAUUGAUUUCCUAUAAAAUGAUAGCUCCUUGACUAACACCUUGGUGGGUGUUAAAGUAGUUGUUAUGUAAUUCCUUCUAGUGCAUUAUUAUGGUGCAAUUCCAAAAAAAUUAUGUCAUUAAUGUGUGCACAUUGUACCAACCAACAUUUUGAUACCACAUAUUACACUAUUUCAGGAGAAACAUUUCUUUUAUGUUGAAAAAUGCAGCCAAAAUUCAUAUAAAAAGCCAUUGCUUUUGAGAAAAGUACUGUUUUGGACACUUCAAUUUUCAUACUUCCAAAACCAGUCUAUUUCUCAUACUUGCUUAAAAGUUUGCCACAGAUGAUAUCUUUCAAAAGGAGAAUUCUUGGAAAAAAUGAAAACUGGUAAAUGUGUCAUUUUACACAUGUGCUUAAAAAAUCCAAGAAACACUGAUUUUUUUCAUUUUCGAUAAAAAGUGACAGCUAAAUGAAUGAAAGUCUGUAGGUGUUGCUAUUUGACAAGGUGGUUGUUCAUGUCAAUUUUUAUCAGUUUGGUUAACAUUGCUGAAUUUGACCUCUGUUCAAGGUCAGACAAAUGAAUUUGUUAAAAUAAAGACAUUUUUGUGCAAGUUUA